GUUGAGGUUUUCACUGGUUCUACUGUGGAGUGCUGCUUUUUUCAUCUGUCUCAAGCCCACUGGCGAAAGAUCGCUGAUCUUGGUCUUCGUGGUAGCUAUAUAGAGGACGAGAAUCUUGCCUUAUCAUUAAGGAUGUUCACAGCAUUGGCAUUUGUACCCAUGGACAGAGUUUACGACGUCUUUGUGCAGCUAUGUGAGUACGUGCCACAGGUAGUCCAGGAGUUCAUUCCAUACAUGGAGGACACCUACAUAGGAUCAUGGCGAUUCCAGAGUAAAACAAAACCUGAUGGUCACAUGGUGUUUAAGCGUCAGUGGAGAGAUCCAAUGUAUCCACCGCACUUAUGGAAUGUGUACAAGCGCACCCUUGAAGGUGAACCCAGGACCAACAACCAGUUGGAGGGAUGGCACCGUUGCUUCAAGACAGUUGUAGAGGAAAAUCACCCAAACAUCUACCUCUUUCGUGAGAAACUGAAAGGCGAACAAGCUCGCACAGAGACAUUGAUUGAGUCAUUAAUUGCAGGACAGAAGCCAGGAGAAUCUAGACAAAAGGUGAAGAAAACCAAUGAGAAAGUGCAUUUGAUCGUCCAGGAAUUUGACAAGAUGCCCCCUAUUGAUUUUCUGAAAGGACUUUCAUAUAAUAUUAAAUAUUGAGUCAUAGACUGUUCAUACAAUGAUCGAUUUCAUAACUGUUCGUAAUCAUAAAUCGAAUGCAGCAUCAUCUCAAUAAAGUGAAAGUAGUAUGAUACAUUGUUGUGUCCAUUUUUGACCAUGUUUCGACGAAAAAAUAAUUUAGACUAAUUAACAUCGUUGGCCUAAUGUCACAGUUGACGUAAUUGUCAUUUAGACCUAAUUUUAAUUUAGACGAAGUGUCUUCUAACCAAACGUCAUGGAAGCGAUUUUGAUAGCCCUGUAAUUUUCAUGUAGGGGAUUAUGAUAGCCCUAACAUUUUCAUCAAGG